CCAAAAGUAAAAAAAUUUCGUUGGUACUUUUACCAACCUUGGAUUUAAAGGAUCACAAAAAAAAAAAGAAGUUGUGCUGCUUUUAGUGGAGAGAAGACGAGAAAUCCACACCAACUUAUUUCCAAAAAUGAAUUGUGAAACAGAAAAUGGUAAUCAAGUAAUUUCACAGUCAAGUGAAGGUCACCACCGGAUAAACACCAAAAGCACAGCUUCAGUAAUUUUCAUCAAGAAAAACCACGUGGACAACUUUCACUGAGCUUGGGCCAAACCCGAACCCGAUUACUCCUCAUUUUAUAAAGCGUUUCCCCCACCCUACUCGUCUUCGGAAUCUUCAACAACAGAGAAAGACCAAAACCCACAGUGAACCGGAAAAAAGAAAAAAUAAUUUUUAUAUAUAUUCCUCAUUUAUUUGUGCAAAAAAGGGGGUAAUUUAUAGGAGGCACUCCGAGGCGUAUUGAUUUCGGUUCUUAUUUUGUUGUUGUUUAAUUAUACUUUUCUUUUUCCAAAUCCACAUUUUGUUAAAAAAAAAAAGAAGGAUGGAUGAGAAUUCCGGCGCCGUUGACAUCCCGAAGAGCAACACCAAUAAUGAGGAUCACGGAUGGAAAACGGUGACGUAUCAUAAGAAGAACAAAAAACAGCCGCAGCAGAAUAAGAACGCUCGCUCUGCAUCCGCGGCGGCUGGGGAAGGCGUCUCUUCCGAUCGCCGGAAUGAUGUUUUCCGGUUGAUCGAGCAGAACUCGGAUGAGCGACACCGAAAGUGGGUUGAGAGCCAGCGAGCGGCCGCGAUUUCGACCGGAGAUUUCUCGGCCGUGGCCGUCGACGACGGCGACGAUGACGGCAGCGACGUUGACGGAGCAGCCGUGGCUGAGAAUGGCGUCGCCCCAACCGAGGAGAAGAAGAUUAAGCCUAAGAAACCAAAGAAGCCAAAGAUUUCGGUUCCUGAGGCUGCUUCGAAGAUCGAUUCCUCUGAUCUCGCUGCUUUUCUCGCUGAAAUCUCCGUUUCGUAUGAGACGCAGCAGGAUAUACAGUUGAUGAGAUUUGCGGAUUACUUCGGGCGUGCAUUUUCCAAAGUGAGCGGGUCACAGUUUCCGUGGAUGAAGUUGCUGAAGGAAUCUUCAGUUGCAAAGAUGGUUGAUAUACCUGUUGUCAAUGUUUCUGAAGGUGUUUACAAGACAUCCACAGACUGGCUUAACCAGCGAUCUAUUGAUGCACUUGGCCCUUUUGUCUUGUGGGGUCUAGAUAGCAUCCUUUCCGAUCUUGCACUGCAUCUAGGUGGCGCAAAGGGUGCUAAAAAAGUUGUUCAGCAGGCAUCUUCAAAAUCUCAGGUUGCCAUCUUUUUGGUUUUAGCAAUGAUACUGCGACGUAAACCUGAUGUCUUGAUCAGUGUUUGGCCAGAUCUGAAAGAGAAUCCGAAGUACCAGGGACAAGACAAGCUUCCGGUUCUGGUCUGGGCAGUUACCCAGGCUUUGCAAGGGGAUUUGGCUGUUGGGCUAUUCGUGUGGGUACGCCUCCUUUUCCCGUUGCUAACUAGCAAAUCAGGUUCCAGUCCGCAAUCCAGAGACCUAAUUUUACAGGUGGUUGAGAGAAUUAUAUCAUUUCCAAAGGCUCGUACAAUACUAGUCAAUGGUGCUGCCAGAAAGGGCGAGCGUGUUGUUCCCGGAUCAUCUCUUGAAGAUCUGAUGAGAGCCACCUUCCCUGCAACUACAUCUCGAGGAAAGGUAACUGAGAGGUUUGAAGCCAUAUAUCCAGUCUUGAAAGAGGUAGCUUUAUUUAUAUCUCCUGGUAGUAAAGCAGCAAAGCAAAUUAGCCAGCAGAUAAUGCAUUUUGCCAUUAAAGCUGCUGGAGAAGGUAUUCCGGAUUUAGCAAAGGAAGCUAGUGACUUGUUCAUUUGGUGUUUAACUGUGAACCCUGAUUCUUACAAGCAAUGGGAUUAUAUUUAUCUAGACAAUCUUGAAGCCAAUGUCAUAAUUCUGAAGAAGCUGUCUGAUGAGUGGAAGGUGCAGUCUGCGAAUCAUUCUACUCUUGAACCUUUGAAGACAAGUUUGAAGAGUUUUAUUGUGAAGGUAAGCGUACUCAUUAGCAUCAUCUAAAGUAGUGAGGUUCUCUAUUGAUUCAUUGCUGGAAAAUGUCUAGUAUAUUGUUCUAUAAGGUGUUCAGUAUACCACAAGAUGGCAUAGGAUACGUUUGUAUUAAAAACAUGCAAGUUUUGUGAACUAUAUUUGGUUACGUCUUAGUUCAUUUGGCCUUUGUUGCUCCAUAUUUUGAUUGGGUGGUGAAUAUUUGAAGUGCGUAUGUGGAUGGGGGUUGGUAAAUUUUCCAGUUAUUAUUUCCUUGUCUACUCAGUUAUUCCUGUAUUAUUGUGUCCCUUGGGGUUUUACUGUUUAUGGCCCUUUGUUACUUCUUCGAGUUUGAAGGUUUGGGGUUGGCUAUCUUAUCUGCGGCUUUGUCAUGCUUUGCCUGACUAAACUCUGCCUUGGAUUUGCAGAAUGAGAAAGCGUUGGCUAGUGCAGAUAAUCCUACUCGUCGAUCAACUUUGAAGGAGGCACAGAAGCACUGCAAGACACUUCUUGGUCGGGUAUCAGGAGGCAAUGGCUGCAUCAAGGCUUUUCUCUUCCUGACUGUUGCUGCAGUGGCUGUUGGCACAGCUUUCAUAUCAAAUGAGGAUAUGAAGAAAAUGUUGGUUGACCUCAACUUGUCCCAGUAUCUGUCCUCUUAGAGAGGAAUAGUGGGGAUAUUAUAGUGAAUGAUUUUACAUGUCUGGAAUACAUGCGGCGGCAUAGAGAAAGUUAGAAUGCCCAUAAAAAGAAAAUGGGUAAGAGACGAUGAAGAUCGUUUUUAGAAUCCUUCAAUCAAGAACUUUUUCGUGUUUGGGAACAAUAGGUACAGAAGAAACUAAAAGGAUUACAGAAUCUGUUGUUUUAAAUAGUUCUUGAACUUUUCUUCUCAUACCUUUUUUUGCUUCUGAAUUGAGAAAUUUAUAGUGUUUCUUAAUAUUUUUUUGUGGUUAUUAGAGUUAGGGGUUUUGCAUACCAUGACGAAAUUGCCGGGGAGCUGGGCCUGGCUGUUGGAGCAAUGGUUAAACGGGCCAAAUGACUCCCCUUUGAAUGUCUAAUCCCAUCUGGCAUUUCGAACAGUGUAUUUUUGUCUCUAAUUGGUAGUAGUUGAUUUUUUUAAUUUUUUUUUUCUUUCACUCUGUAACCUUAACUUCUAUUUUGGUCAAUUCUUUCACGGUUAGACCCUUAUUUAUAUUUUGAAAGUAAAGUAAAAAGGGAAAAUAUUUUUAAAAAAUAAGACAAAAUUUUCUAGAUGUGCACCCCUUUUAAAUGAAUUUUUAGAAAGCAGAAAAGAGAUUGCUUUUGCGGUUAGAAAUUCAGAAUAACAAAGAAAUAUAUGAGUAUACUACCAGUACUAGUGUACUACCAACCAAUUGCAUUAUAUAUUUUAAAAACUACAGAACAUGACAAAUAUGUAUUAGUAAUAAUCGAAGACGAAUCAGUUUACGUUGAC